CACCAUCAAGAAGCUCAGUUCGACAUGACUGUACGUGCUUAUGAGCUCUAGGUAUCUACAAAUAGGCCAUAGUGCGACGCUGCGUGCCUCUCGCACUCAUCGAUCUCUUUCAACUCAAGCAUUUGCAUCUCCUUGCUUCGAAGUCAACGUUUCCUGUGAACCGCAAAUCCCUUCCAAAUCUAUCAAUCCCCCGUUUUCAACUUUCAGAAUGUCUCAAAAUGCAGCUGCCUCAGCAUCAGCUCCCGCCCAGGCUAGCGAAAGAAAUAGCUCUCAGAAGCUGAAAUAUGUCGAUAUCGGAAUCAACCUCGGUGACCCCGUCUUCCGCGGCAAAUACCAUGGCAAGCAAAGCCACCAAGACGAUUUCGCUGACGUUCUUCAGCGGGCUUUGGACGCUGGCUGCGAGAAGUUGAUGGUAACCGGGUCAGAUUUGAAAGAAUCGAAACAUGCUGUCGAACUCGCCAAGCAACAUCCCGGACUCUGCUACGCCACAGUCGGUGUCCACCCAUGCUCCGCAAAGCACUUUGAAUCAUACCGCGACGGCCCCGCAGCCUUGCUCACCGCCAUUGGCGACCUUGCUCGAACCUCUAAGGCAGCUGGCCGCACAGUUGCCUUCGGGGAAAUCGGACUGGACUACGACCGAUUAUUCCUAACCCCUAAGGAUCAACAGGUCAAGUACUUCGAGGCUCAACUUGACCUUGCAGUUGAGAUCCAGCUCCCCCUGUUCCUGCAUUCUCGAGCUGCUAGCGAAGAUUUCGAGAGACUACUCGCUGUGAAACUUCCCCAACUGCCGAAGAAGGGGCUCGUGCACAGCUUCACCGGAACCGUUGAGGAGAUGAAGCGGAUGGUGGAUCUGGGCUUGGAUGUUGGAGUCAAUGGGUGCAGUAUGAAAACCGAGGAAAACAUUGAGGUUGUAAGGCAGAUUCCACUUGAGCAUUUGCAGAUCGAGACAGAUGGGCCUUGGUGUGAGAUGCGUCCUAGCCAUGCAUCUGCGAAAUUCCUGGUGGACGCGCCUCCUUUGCCAAAAGCAGUCAAGAAAGAGAAAUGGACUCAGGGCGUCAUGAUCAAGGGACGAAAUGAACCGGCGACGAUACCGCAUGUCGCUUAUGCGAUUGCGAAAAUAAAAGAUAUCUCCGUAGAGGAGGUUUGCGAAGCCGCGUGGCGUAAUUCGAUCAAGAUGUUUGGACUGGGAGAGAAAAUAGAAUAGACUUGGAAGUCUUUGUAAAUCAUGCAUUAGAAGCAAUCUCGGCGACUGGGCGGGUGACCUGCAUGUAGUGAGUACCUGGAGUUAGUCCGUAUUCUCAGUACUGACUACCCUAUAGGGGGAUGAUUAGGUGUUCAUAUGGUGAUGCCUCUCAGUUAAACCAAUCACGAAGUGCUUCUUACUCAUAGAAUCAAUGACGCUGUCUCCUCUCUAGUAUAUGUGCACCACAAUGUACCUCUG